UUUUCAAUCGAUUUUGUCACGUUUCUCUUCUGAACUUGUCGUGCAACCUUUCAGCGGUUUCACGUGUGUCCACUUUUCUUGUUCUGCCGGUUGCUGAGAGUUGAGACCUGCUGUGCCACUUUCUCCCAUAUCAGAAUCAGUUCAUCAUUUUUUUUUUUUUAAUAUCACCUCCGGCCAGUAGAUCGGGAAAGAAUUCGAUUUCAAAACUUUCUCUUGAACCCGUCCAUUCUAGAAGUCCAGCUUUGUUUUUAACCAAACCAAAAUGGACUCGUCAAUGAGUGCCAAAGAAAUAAGAAACCAGUUCAUCAAUUUCUUUGUGAAGAAAAAGAAUCACGAAUAUGUCCAUUCUUCGCCAGUCAUCCCACACGACGACCCAACGCUCCUUUUUGCCAAUGCCGGCAUGAACCAGUUCAAGCCGAUAUUCCUUGGGACGGCAGAUCCAAACAGUGCUAUGGCGACUUGGAAGAGGGCUGUGAACACUCAGAAAUGCAUCAGGGCAGGUGGUAAACACAACGAUCUCGACGAUGUCGGCAAGGACGUUUACCACCAUACAUUUUUUGAAAUGUUGGGCAAUUGGUCUUUCGGCGAUUACUUUAAGAAAGAAAUAUGCACAUGGGCUUGGGAACUCCUGACGGAAGUUUUCCACUUGCCGAAGGACAGGCUUUACGUAACUUAUUUCGGUGGGCAUAAAGAAUCAGGAUUAGAGCCGGAUGAAGAGUGCAGGCAAAUCUGGCUGAAAUUGGGAAUUCCGGAGUCACACGUCCUCCCGGGGAGCAUGAAAGACAAUUUCUGGGAAAUGGGCGAAACAGGUCCAUGCGGGCCGUGUUCCGAGCUACAUUUCGACAGGAUUGGAAACAGGGAAGUGCCACAUUUGGUGAACCAAGAUGACCCAGAUGUCUUGGAAAUAUGGAACCUUGUGUUCAUCCAAUACAACAGAGAAACCGGUGGUAGUUUAAGGCCCCUUCCAAAAAAACAUAUUGAUUGUGGCAUGGGUUUUGAAAGGCUUGUUUCAGUCAUCCAGAACAAAAGAUCCAAUUAUGAUACUGACAUAUUCAAGCCGCUUUUUGAUGCAAUUCAGAAAGGUACAAAUGCACCACCUUAUCAAGGUCGAGUAGGAGACGAAGACAAAGACGGAAUAGACAUGGCUUAUAGAGUUUUAGCCGACCACGCCAGGACUCUCACAAUUGCAAUUUCCGAUGGAGGCACUCCAGACAACACAGGAAGAGGUUACGUCCUGAGGAGAAUUUUGAGAAGAGCAGUUCGCUACGCUGUGGAAAAGCUCAAUGCGAAACCAGGCUUUUUCUCAUCACUAGUUCAAGUCGUUGUCGACCUCCUUGGCGACACGUUCUCUGAAGUGAAGAAAUGCCCGCAGAAUGUUGUGGCCAUCAUUAAUGAGGAAGAAGAACAAUUUUUGAAGACUUUAAGCAGAGGGAGGAAUUUAUUGAAUCGAACUAUAGACAAACUGGGAUCUACAAAUAUUUUCCCUGGUGAUAUUGCCUGGAGGCUGUACGACACAUAUGGAUUCCCCGUGGAUCUAACAGGUUUGAUGACUGAAGAAAAAGGUCUGACAAUCGACAUGAAUGCUUACGAAGAGUCAAAAAAACACGCACAGCUGGUGAGCCAAGGAAAGGACAGUGCAAAUGCGAAUUUGAUUAGUCUUGAUGUACAUGCAAUUAGCGAACUUCAAGACAGUGAUGUCCCUGUUACUGACGAUUCGCCUAAAUACAAUUAUAAAGCUGUUGCCGGUGAAGGUGCCUUUGCCAAAUAUAAGUUUGAACCGUGCCAAGGAAAAGUUUUAGCAUUAAGGAAAGGAACCCAAUUUGUCCAAGAAGUGAAAUCCGGUGACAGGUGUGGUAUCGUUUUAGACAAGACUUGUUUUUACGCUGAACAAGGCGGUCAGAUUUAUGACCAGGGUUUUAUGGUUAAAGUUGGAGACGAGAGCGUCGAGGUGAGCGUAGAUAAUGUACAAUUAAAAGGUGGUUAUAUUCUUCACACAGGGAAGGUUGAAGGCUUGCUCAAAGUCGGCGAUAAAUUGAAUCUUCAAAUCGAUGAAGUUAGAAGAAGGCUUGUCAUGUCUAACCACACGGCAACUCACAUUUUAAACCACGCUUUACGAGCUGUUCUUGGGCCUGAGUCUGAUCAAAAAGGCUCCCUUGUUGCACCAGACAGACUCCGAUUUGACUUCACCAAUAAGAAAGCAAUGAGCCCCGAUCAAGUUAAAAAGACAGAAUUCAUGAUCAAUAACAUAUCCAAAGCCGAUAAAGUAGUUUAUGCUCAAAGUGCACCAUUAGCGACUGCUAAGAAAGUUGUAGGCUUAAGAGCCAUGUUCUCGGAAGUUUACCCGGAUCCUGUCAGGAUUGUGUCAGUGGGUGAGCCCGUAGAAAGGUUAAUUUCCUCACCUGAGAGCAAAGCGGCGAUAGAAACUUCGGUUGAAUUCUGCGGUGGAACACAUUUACACAGGUCAUCUCACAUGGGAGACUUUGUUAUUACAAGUGAAGAAGCGAUUGCAAAAGGCAUCAGAAGGAUAGUGGCUUUAACCGGUGCCGAAGCAAAAAAAGCUAUGGAUCAUUCUAUUGCUCUCGAUAAUGCUGUUAAUAUGCUUAGCGAUAUUGCUUCAACAAAAUCGUUAACAGGAAAAGAUUUAGUGAGAGCAAUAACACAGCUCAACGAUGAAAUAUCCCAAGCUGUUAUUCCCUACUGGAAGAAGGAAGAGUUACGAACUACACUGAAAAAUAUGAAAAAGAAAUAUGAUGACAGUGAACGAGCUGGGAAAACUGAACAAAUACAACAAGUUGUAGAUAGCGCAAAACAGCUUGCCACUCAACAAAAAGGUGUGCCAUUCCUUGUAGCCGAGCUUAAAGCGGGUUCUAACACUAAAGCUUUAGAUGGAGCUUUAAAACAAGUAAAACAACUUUCUCCAGAAACUUCAGCCAUGUUUUUCUCAGUCGAGGAAUCUUCUGAGAAAAUAUUUUGCCUUUGUGCCGUUUCAAAGAGUGGCAUUGAAAAAGGUUUGAAAGCUAAUGAAUGGGUUAACAACGUAAGCGGUCUUAUGAACGGCAAAGGUGGAGGAAAGGCAGACUCUGCCCAAGCAUCUGGUUCUAAUGGGAAGUGCCUUGCUACUGCUUUAGCCAAAAGCAAAGAAUUCGCUGCGGCAAAACUCGGAGGUGGUGUUUGUUCGAAUGGCGGUGGCGAUGCAGAAGGAUUGGUUUAUACCGACAACUGCCUCGGCUCAGUUCUGGUCUGCUUGACCCAUGAAUACACCCAGGCGAAAGCCGGACUUAAAAAGGGCGAAAACUUAAACUUCAACAAAAACGGGCUUAACCUGACCGAUAGUGUCGCGAUUGCCUUUUAUCUCGCUGACACUCAGCUUAAAGGAGGUGACUCGACCUUGAGGGAAGCCCAAGUACUCCAGUGGGUCUGGUACGCUGAAAACACAGUCCGUAACUCUUCAAACCCUUCCGAAUGGAUGCCCCAACUCAACAACUAUCUAUUGACUAGAACAUUUUUUGUUGGUGAAAGGGUCACUCUGGCCGAUUUGGCUUUAUUUACAAGGCUCUUACCUUCUUAUCAUAAAAAUGUUCCUUUGACAAAGUACACAAAUCUAAACCGGUGGUUCACGACAAUGUGCAAUCAGAAAGCCGUCAUGAAAGUUGUUGGAGAUUUAAUUAAGUCAAAGUAAUUUUGAUUUAUAUGAUAAACAAUGAUUUUCUUAUAUUAUAAUAAACGUAUAAAAUCUUU